ACUAAGGAGGCGAAUUAAAACACCAGCAUUGUGCAUAGUCUGUGACGCACGGAUCCAGGGCGGUGAACCCCCGACUGUGAGGCCAGGCAGUGUUUUAAACAAGCAGAUCUGAAUCUCUGGAAUCUCUUAUUUGCCAGGCCAUCAGCAAAGGUUGGGGUGGGGGCAAAAACUGCGUUUUCUAGCCCUAUCUGAAGCUCAGCUUGGAGACUUCCCUGGAAGAAUACAACACUAAGUGCAAUGGAGGCUGGAGGAGAGCACUUUCUUAGACAAAGGCAAGUCCUGCUUCUCUUUGUUUUUCUGGGUGGGUCUCUGGCUGUGUCAAAGUCCAAACGCUAUUCUGUGGCUGAGGAAAAUGAGAGAGGUGUUUUAAUAACCAACCUAGAAAAGGAUCUGGGGCUGAGGGUAGGAGAACUAGCUGAGAGAGGGGCUCAAGUUGUGUCCAAAGGGAACAAACAGCAUUUUCAUCUCAAUCAUGAGACAGGUGAUUUGCUCUUGAAUGAAAAAUUGGACCGAGAGGAGCUAUGCGGUCCCACAGAACCAUGUAUACUGCAUUUCCAGAUAUUACUGCAAAAACCUUUGCAGUUUGUCACAAAUGAACUCCAGAUCAUAGAUGUAAAUGACCACCCACCAGUAUUCUUUGAAAAUGAAAUGCAGCUGAAAAUCCUAGAAAGCACUCCACCAGGAACAAUAAUUCCUUUGGAAAAUGCUGAGGAUGUGGACGUGGGAAGAAACGGUCUCCAAAACUACACACUAGCUCCUAAUUCUUAUUUCCACGUAGUCACACGCAGUCGCAGGGACGGAAGGAAGUACCCAGAACUAGUGCUGGACAAAGCGCUGGAUCGGGAGCAGCAGCCUGAGCUCAGUUUAACACUCACAGCGCUGGAUGGCGGCUCUCCACCACGCUCUGGGACCGCCCAGAUCAACAUCCUGGUCUUAGACAUAAAUGACAAUGCUCCAGAAUUUGAGCAGACGCUCUAUGAGGUUCAAAUCCUUGAGAACAGCCAUUAACCCGUGAACUCUGUCAUGGUCACUGUCUCUGCUUCGGAUUUAGAUGCAGGAACUUUUGGGACAGUAUCUUAUGCCUUUUUUCAUGCUUCUGAAGAAAUUCGCAAAACCUUCCACCUCAAUCCCAUUACUGGUGCCAUGCACCUAGUCAAAUAUUUGAAUUUUGAAGAGAUUAAUAGUUAUGAAAUGGACAUUGAGGCUAAGGAUGGAGGAGGCCUUUCAGGAAAAUCUACAGUCAUAGUUCAGGUGGUUGAUGUGAAUGACAACCCUCCAGAACUGAGUUUGUCUUCAGUUAACAGCCCAAUCCCGGAGAACUCAGGACAGACUGUGGUGGCUGUUUUCAGCGUUUCUGAUCUAGACUCUGGAGACAAUGGAAGAGUGAUGUGUUCCAUCCAGAACGACCUGCCCUUCGUCCUGAAACCUUCUGUAAAGAAUUUUUACACCUUAAUGUCAGAAGGACCUCUGGACAGAGAGAGCCAAGCCGAGUACAACAUCACCAUCAGGCUGCUGUUCGUGGCGGCGCGGCUGUGCAGGAGGGCCAGGGCGGCCUCGCUGGGGGGCUGCUCGGUGCCCGAGGGCCCCUUCCCGGGCCACCUGCUGGACGUCAGCGGCACUGGGACCCUGUCCCACAGCUACCAGUAUGAGGUGUGUCUGAGGGGAGACUCUGGCACCAGUGAUUUCAAGUUUUUGAAGCCGAUUAUCCCCAGCUUCCUUGCUGAAGGUGUGGAGAGGGUUAGUGAGGCCAACCCCAGUGUCAGGAAUAGCUUUGAAUUCAAUUAA